AUGAGCUUUUUUGAAACUGUCAUGGAUACCGAGAGCAUUGACCGUCCAGGUACGGGAGAUGUCUCGAUUGAUCUGGCUGCUCAUAUGGUCAAGACUCCGCUUAUGUCUCUGGACCUGAAUAACAUCAACGUCCAUGCCAAUGACGCAAAAGGCCAGUCAGUUAUAAUUCCGCUCAAUGAUGGCAACGCUUUUCGUCCAGACUCACGUCAAACUAAUUCGUCAGGGAACUUCCAACCGAAUCUCAAUUCUGCAUUUGAUCCCAAAUUUCUCGAUAUGUAUACUACAAAUUCGCCCAAAGAAGUGAUAUCACCAACACGAUUGCUAUACAAAAGUUCAAAUAGCACACCAAGGCUAAUUCCUGCAAUCUCAAUGCUUACACCGAGCGGUUAUAGUGAUGUAUUCAAGCAGUCACCCCUCAAGGUGUAUUCUAGAUCGGAUCCACCUCAAUCGGCUUCCAGAAUGAUGUUCCCACGCUCCUUGUAUGAUGAUGUUGAAUUGUCCAACGCUUGGCUUGGGAGGGAUACCCCGAACGGCGAUACUACAGAAAACAUGCUUUCGGAUGGACAUGCAUUUGGCAAUAUGAAUGAUUCCCAUUUUUACAUUCAAUCCUCGUUGCCUGGUUCACGAGAAGCUAACAGGGUACCAAGUGAUUCAUCUUACUCGAAAGAAAAAUCAAAAAACAGAUUUGGUGUGGAAGCGAUCAGUUCCCUUCCCUCCUCAAGACCUGUGUCAGAGAGUUUCAAAAUACCGACUUUCAAUAUACCAGCAGACCUGAAGUACGAAGAGAAAGAUUUUGAUUUUAGCAUGGAUUACAGACAAGACAAAAAGGUCAAAACAGCUACUUUUCCGACAGUGUCGAACACGAUCAAAGAAACUUUUGGUCCACUACUUUUAGGGGAACAACCUGUGAAGAAGAAAAGAGGAAGAAAGCCAGGAUCCACCAACAAAAAACGUAAGGAAGCCGCCGCAAAAGACGACAAAAAUAAGAAGAAGAAACUGAAAGUUAGAUUUCCCAAAAAAAGAAAGACUACGCUAUCCGACAUAGAUCCUGCUGUUCACUUUCAAUUUGGGAAUGAUGAUGACUUUCUUGGGCACGACGAUUUUGAUCUUGCCGACAUUGACUCGCACAAACCACAUGCCUCUGGCGGGCCAGAGGAUAUGCAAGAUCGGAUGAAGAGAAUAAGGAAUCGUGCGCCUCGAUCUAAGAACGGUUGUUGGACUUGCCGACUAAGAAGAAAACGAUGCCCUGAGCAGAGACCAGUUUGUUCUGAGUGCGUGAGGUUAGGUCUUGAAUGUGAUGGUUACUCCUCUGAGCGGCCUGCUUUCAUGCGGAAUGCAAAUGCUGCAAAAGGUAAGAUGGAAGAGAUUAAAAUUAUAACGCUAGCCAAGAAAAAACGUGGUUCGAAACAAAGGUACGAACGCGAACAACGCUUGUCUGCAGGCUCUCCCAGCGAUCCGCUAAAACCACCUAGUUAA